AUGGGAUACCACCCGUGGGAUCUAUCUACUGAAGAGCUUAUAGAAUAUCUCAAAGUCGGUCUUCACACCCUCUACUCGAUAUCAAAACAACAUGCAAGACUGGCUCUCUUCCCGUACGGUAGUUGUGCUGACAAGCCAACCCGGGUUUUACAGUGGAGUUAUCUCGGCGGCGUGGUAUACACCCUUGCCGCGUAUUUCACCAAAGUGACCCUCCUCCUUCUCAUAGCCCGCCUUCUCUCGGUCAAGCGCCAUGUGGUAUUGGGCAUAUACGCCUUCAUCCUCGCCGUCACGAUCUACUGCUUCGUUGUGUUCCUGUUAAAGGCUUUCGCUUGUCAACCCGUUGCCGCACUUUGGGAUUUCAGAAUGCAGGCCGACUUUUGCGUUGACAAGCGCAAGGUCUACUUAAGCGAAACUGUCAUCGACUUCGGCACAAAUGUCGCAAUCAUGGUUGUUCCCAUCCCGUUCAUAACUCCGCUACGGACAUCGCUGGCCGGGAAGAUCAAGAUCGGGACGCUGUUCGGAAUCGGCGGGAUUGGCAUCUUUGUUGGCGCAUACCGACUUUAUGUGGUGAUCCAAUUCUUUACUGAGGUGGAUGCGACCGGGAAAGCCAUCCUACCGUGUACUCUCUCGGUGCUGGAGCUGACCCUCGGCUUCAUCUGCGCUUGCUUGCCUCCAAUCAGUCUCCUGAUAGAGAAAUGCCGCAACUGCAAACGAGCCUCGCCCAAAACUCCCAGAGCCGGGCUGUACAAGAGAAUGGGGCGGCAUUCUGGCGGCUCCACCGCGCCCCUGACCACCGUAACCGCGGCCUCAGACCACACACCCCAGAUGCGUCAGGAUGACUGGGAUGACCGCCACAGUCCUCAACAACAAGCCUCCACAGGCAGGACCGACGCAGACGUUGAACUAGACAUUCUGCCGGGUAGCCCACCCCGGCAACCCGGUUCCAGUUCGUGGUCCUACCCGAUAGCGACAGACACAGAAGCUACCGGCGGGACUGCAAAUCGCAGCGCAGCUAUCACUUACGCCGGCCAGCGGUUCCCUACGGAUCAGCCGGAGCAGCUGCACAGUCGCUCGGCCCGGGCGAUGCAGCAAACGACACCCUCGUUUUUGUCUACAUCAGCCGUCGCGAAUAGGUGGUUCUCCCCCUAUAAAAGCAGCCAGAGAGCACCCCUAUCCUCAGUAACAUCGUCCGGGUCUAUGGGCGGCAUAAUGCGCACCAUCGAGAUCACGCUCGAGACCUCGGAAGCUGACAAGCCCCAGGACGAAAAAGCUACUGGUGGUGAUUCUACCGGCGGGCAAAGCAAUAGUCGUGGAGUGCAGCCGCCUCUAGUAGCGAUGACGCGAGCCGCAGCCGGGGAACGGGCCAGAACCAUCCAUGCUCGCAUCUGGGAUGGAAAAUCACACGACCUUGGUACUCGAGCAAUAGGAUACACCUAA